GCUUUACCUCGACACCCACCGGCUCGUUUCCUUAUCGUCAUCGUUGAUGUCUCCCUACCCUGUCACACCCGGUUAACGCCGACCGACCGCACUUCUUCAGCUCCCACUUAAACAACAGCAAAAUGGUGUACUUCCAAGAGAACUUUCCAGUGUGAACAUGUUGAUUAACGAGCGACAAAUAAAGGAGUGAAGCACCACCUGUGCCCGGGGGGAGAAAUGCUGGACGAAAGCGGCAAAGCAGGACCGGGGAGCCCCGCUGUAGCCGGCAGUGCGCAGAAUUCGGUACAUUUGAACGGACAUACUGUCACUCAAAAUGGUAACACCCCGACAGCUACGCCUGCACCACAGCCACAGUGUGAAUCCCAAGCCUCGAGUCCCACACCCACUCCAAACCCGAUUGUCCCGAGGGAGCAGUGGGGAGGGAAGUACGAGUUCUUGCUCUCCUGUAUGGGAUACUGUGUGGGACUUGCGAACGUCUGGCGGUUCCCAUACCUUUGUUAUCGCAAUGGAGGAGGUGUGUUUCUCAUCCCCUACUUCAUCAUGCUGUUUUUUACGGGUGUUCCACUCUUCCUCAUGGAGCUGAGUUUGGGGCAGUACGGAGCAGCUGGCCCCAUCAUGGUGUGGAAAUGCUGCCCUCUGCUCAAAGGUAUUGGCAUUGGGAUGCUCUGUGUGUCCACGCUGGUGUGUCUCUACUAUAACAUCAUUAUAGCAUGGACUUUUUACUACCUGGGCAGCUCGUUCCAGAGCCCUCUGCCCUGGUCCUGUGAGGCGAUAGCCAAUAUAGGUCUCUGUGGUAAUGCCACCACUGGCAAUAGCUCCACUGGUAAAGGACUCAGCCCCACAGAGAUUUUCUGGAGUGAGCGUGUGCUGGGUGUAGUAAACAGUGAGGGUCUUCAUGACCCAGGCCCAGUCCGGUGGCCCCUGGCCCUGUGCCUCCUGGCUGCCUGGAUCAUCGUCUUCCUGUGUAUGCUCAAGGGCAUCCGCAGCUCUGGCAAGGUGGUUUAUGUGACGGCUACCAUCCCAUACAUUGUGCUCAUUGUUCUGAUCAUCAGAGGUGCUACGCUGGAGGGCUCUCUUCAGGGCGUUGCUUUCUACCUCACACCAGACUGGGCUCGAUUGGCUAAUGCACAGGUGUGGAACGACGCAGCCUCACAGAUCUUCUACUCCUUAGGUAUUGGAGUAGGGGGGCUGCUUUCUAUGGCCUCUUACAAUAAGUUUGACAACAACGUCAUCAGGGACACUUUGAUUAUCACCACUGGAAACUGUGCCACCAGCUUCUUUGCAGGAUUUGCUAUAUUCUCAAUCCUGGGUCACAUGGCAUGGAAGAAGGGAGUGCCUGUCGCAGAGGUGGCAGAUUCAGGUCCUGGGUUGGCCUUCGUUGCUUACCCAGAGGCCCUUGCUCUGCUGCCAGGCUCAGUGUUCUGGUCCAUUAUAUUCUUCAUCAUGCUCUUUAUGCUGGGGAUCGAUACAUUGUUUGGCAACAUGGAGGGCAUCACUACGGCUGUGAUGGAUGAGUUCCCACACCUCAGAGUGAACACGCUGCACAAGUCCUUGUUCUUAGGCACUCUGUGUUUUGGCUUCUACCUGAUGGGUCUCCUGUUAGUGACAGACGGUGGGAUUUACUGGUUCACUCUCAUUGACUCCUUCAGCACUAGUUUUGGCCUCAUCAUCAUCGCCCUGUUCAUGUGCAUUGGCAUCUCCUUCUUCUAUGGAGUAAACCAGUUUUGUCAAGACAUUCUUGAUAUGAUCUGCCACUGCCCUCCCUGGUGCGGCAAAGUGCUGCUUUACUUCAAAGCAUGCUGGAUUUUCUUCACUCCGUUUAUUCUGCUGUUCAUCCUGACCUACAUCUUCAUUGAGAUGUACAACACAUCACUCCAGUACGGGUCCUAUGUGUAUCCACGGUGGGGUAAAGCGUUGGGCGUGUGCAUGGCCGCGACCUGCUGUCUACAGAUCCUCAUCUGGGCCAUUGUGGCCAUCUCCAAGGAAACGGGAACACUGAAAGACCGUUUCCAGAAAUGCAUUCAGCCUCUGAAUUCCUGGAGAGUAAACAACUUGAACAGCACUGAGAGAGUAGAGGAGCGUGUAGAGGCCGAGAGAGUGGACGCUCCGUUCACUGUCACUCUCACAGACAUGGACUUUACUGCGAUGGCGUGGGAGACUGGAAGCGAGGCAUGACAGCACGGAGAGCAGUGAUGAACGCACAGUGAUAGGAAAUUUACGUUGUCAAGAGAUAGAGGAAUUUAUUAUUAUGGUAUUGGCCCCAGCUAGGUUCUGGUGGCUGUGUCUGAACAGACGGUGUCCUGCAGGGCGGUGUGGAAUAAUUCCUUUAUUUACUAUUAUGUACUUUUUUCAAACUUUUUUUUAUGUUGUGUAGAAUAUAAGGUUACGGCUGUAAAGUUUGAAUCAUCUUCAUCUUAGAUGGCAUAGUUGGACUCUACAGGACUUUUGGAUGGUGAUGAUCCUGCAGUGUAUCUGCUGAUCUUAUUUAUUGUCAUAGGAGCGUAGAAUAAUGUAUUUUCAGUGACAGAGGUCAACAGCGGCUGAGGGACUAGAUUCCGUUGAUUGCAUACAAGGAGGGACAAAAAGUGCAGUGACUCUUGACUGUUACCUUCAACAACCUCUAAUGGACCCGGAGAGGUGACUACAAAUCCUCAGCCUGCCAGACGAAAUGGCAAUGAUGACUCAGCCGCACAGAGUCAGGAAUACUUUUAAUUCAUCUUACUAUUUAAAAUGAACAUUUGCUAGAAUAAAUAAAUAAAUUUACAAAAAACUUGCCAAAUGAGCUAUUAAGUACUGUCUUGUAUGUCUAUAUGAUAGUAGACACUAUCUGAGAUGUCUUGUCUGACAUUGCUGCAUUUCACAUUGCAAGUUGCUUCAGAAAAUGCAGUGAGAACUGUUACAGAGAACUUUGUUGCUCAGAAUAUGUUGACAUUAACAACAACACAUUCUGGUAUUGCAGCAAAGCUUUUAAAUGUGACCUCAAGACGUUUCUAAAUAUCAUUUGUUAUUUUUAAGGGGGGAAAGUGCGAUAGGAUUCACUGGGUAUUAACACAUAGGUUUUAGUGUUUUAUGUUUACUAGAACUUGGCUUUGACAGUCCAUUGUUUAUGUCCGCUAUUGCUAUUGAUUAGCAGAAAGCCCUUCUUAAGUCAAUGUUUAUUAUCAGUAAAAUUUAUCGUCCUUCUUGGGACAUGAUUAUUGUCGUGGUAUCAAGCUUGCUAACAUUUCUCACAACUUUCUGAGGGUGCAAAUGUUUCUCUGAUUUAAGGGGCCCGCUUAGAGAAGACUUAAAAAUCAGUUGUUGUUAUUUAUCGUCAAAUUGGUCACACUGCUUAAUUCAUGAACAUUAUUGGACAAUCAGAUUUACUAGAUAAGACAGCUCACUGGUCUUCUGAAUGUGUUGUUUAUCUUAAAGUGAAAUAGAUUGUCCUGGGUAAAUAACAUUUGUAAGCCAUACUAGUUGCACUUGGACUGAUGUUUUAAUAUGGUCUUAGAUGGUUUAAUUUGGGCUAACUGAUGGAAAUUCCCAACCAUUUUCCAGGCUGUUUACUUAAACUGUUGUAUCCUGUUACAAAUAAGUAGAUGAUGACAGAUAAAAGAAAUCUGUGAUUUCUGUAUUUUUAAACCCUUUCAGUCUCAUGAAACUUUUAAUUUUGUGCGCAUUUAUAAAUAGGGUCAGUUUUCUCUUUCAAAGCAUCUUAAGCAGAUCACUACUUUUAAAACCUUCAAUUAUGAAGAUUUCAUUAUUCCUUCUUUUCGGAUUGUAUGCCACAUGAUGGAACUCCUCAAGUUUUAACUCAUCUGUUUGCCUUUGUACACCUUGUUGCCAUUAUUUUGCUGUGCAUAAUGAUUAAAUAUUCUCAUUGUCCUCUUA